GCGACCGACCGGCGGGGGAGGCAGGCAAGGCAAGGCAAAGGAAAGGAAAGGACAGGGGGAAUUCAGGCUGUGUCCCGUAUUUGGAAUAAGCAAGGCUAGACUACAGCUUUCCUCCUGACGUGAAACGAGCUCCUCUGUAACCUUCAGAAAGGACCCGCAUUUUUUGACGGCUAACUUACGGGCUGUUGGAACUCCUGAACUAACCGUCGCGUUGAACUGUGAAGAAAACUAAAGAGACAUUCGGUUUCUGGACGAAGAAUGGGAUUUAAAGAACAUAUCUGCCAGCGCUGAGUUGAGAAAACAAGGGGAUAUUUUCCACUUGGAUGAAAAAUAACCACACUGUCGAAAGGGGCCAAAUCGAGUCGAGCCCUGCUAACACUGCAUAUUGUAUGUCGACUCCUGGGAAAAGGGGCAACGAUGGCAUUUAGGAGCGCAGAAAAGUAACGUUAACGUUAGCUCGCUGGCUAGCUAAAUAGCUAACCUAGCAGGCUGCUAACUAAGCCUGUGUCGCCCUGCCAUUCCUGGAGCAGAGGAGGGGCGCUGGGGCUUUGUAGCAUUGCAGAUCUGCCUUGCAUUUUUGGGUUGCUGCAAGAAUGGAGAAUCCCAAAUAUCUGCCACAACAACUCAGGGGGAUCUGUUGAACCGCAUCUACUCAGUUUAUCUUUCCAUUAGCCGCGCAGAAGACCAGAAAACUGCCUGCUAACGUUGGGAUUUCAUCAAAAUCAGCCGGCCCGGAGCAAUCGGGGUCUGUAAUUGUGACUACUUCUUUUCGUGUAUACUCUGUGGGGAUAGGUAUUAUAAAAUGGGGGGGUGCUACACGUCUUAUCCACCUCUUAGAUGCUGGAUCUUGAGAGGGAGAUCAUGAAUAGGCCGGUUUCAACGAGGAAUUAGCCCCGGCUUGCCCUCGACUCAAAGUUUUAUUAUUUCCAAGACAUUCAAGGUGAGAGAACUUCUUUUACAGGCCCCUCUGCGCUCACUAACAGGCCGAGGAGGUGUUCGCUCGGUCCCCACCACCAUCAUCAUUAGUUCAGGGAGCAGCAAGCCGGAGCAAUCAUGUCGGGAGAGGUGCGUUUGAAGAAGCUGGAGAAGCUGAUCCUGGACGGGCCGGCUCAGUCCAACGGCCAGUGCCUGAGCGUGGAGACGCUGCUGGAUAUCCUGGUCUGCCUCUACGAUGAGUGCAACAACUCCCCGCUCAGGAGAGAGAAAAACAUCCUGGAGUUUUUGGAGUGGGCUAAACCCUUCACUUCCAAAGUGAAGCAGAUGCGCCUUCACAAGGAAGACUUUGAGAUCCUGAAGGUGAUUGGACGAGGAGCCUUCGGAGAGGUUGCUGUCGUAAAAGUGAGAAACACAGACAAGGUCUUCGCCAUGAAGAUCCUGAACAAGUGGGAGAUGCUGAAGCGAGCUGAGACGGCGUGUUUUCGGGAGGAGCGGGAUGUGUUGGUAAAUGGGGACUGCCAGUGGAUCACCACCCUGCACUACGCCUUCCAGGACGACAAUAACCUGUACUUGGUCAUGGACUACUAUGUGGGUGGUGAUCUGCUGACUCUGCUCAGUAAGUUUGAGGACCGGCUGCCAGAGGAAAUGGCCAAAUUCUACCUGGCUGAGAUGGUGCUGGCCAUUGACUCUGUUCACCAGCUACACUACGUCCACAGGGACAUAAAGCCUGACAACAUUCUGUUGGAUAUGAACGGCCACAUCCGCCUGGCUGACUUCGGCUCCUGCCUCAAACUCAUGGAGGACGGGACAGUCCAGUCCUCUGUGGCGGUGGGGACUCCCGACUACAUCUCCCCAGAAAUCCUCCAGGCUAUGGAGGAUGGGAAAGGCAAGUAUGGACCUGAGUGCGACUGGUGGUCCCUGGGCGUCUGCAUGUAUGAAAUGCUGUACGGCGAGACUCCUUUCUAUGCAGAGUCCCUGGUGGAAACCUAUGGGAAGAUCAUGAACCACAAGGAGCGGUUCCAGUUCCCGCAGCAGAUAACAGAUGUGUCGGAGGACGCAAAGGAUCUGAUUCGGCGGCUCAUUUGCAGUCGAGAGCACCGACUGGGCCAGAACGGCAUUGAGGAUUUCAAGCACCACCCCUUCUUCACUGGCAUUGACUGGGAAAAUGUUCUGACGUGUGAAGCCCCGUACAUCCCAGAGGUCAGCAGUCCUACAGAUACCUCCAACUUUGAUGUGGAUGAUGACUGCCUAAAGAACUCGGAGACCAUGCCCCCUCCCUCACACACUGCCUUCUCUGGCCACCACCUGCCCUUUGUGGGUUUCACAUACACAAGUAAAUGCACCCUAUCUGACCGGGGUUGCCUGCGACAGCUCGCAGUGGAGCCGGGUAAGGCGGGUCAGGACAAGUUGGACCUGGACGUCCAGCGCGGCUUGGAGGACAGCCUGGCCACCGAGGCCUACGAGAGGAGAAUCCGCCGUCUAGAGCAGGAGAAACUAGAGCUGAGCCGCAAACUGCAAGAGGCGACUCAGACGGUGCAGGCCCUGCAGCACCCGACAGGUGAGGGCCCUGUCAGCGCUAACAAGGAGGUGGAGAUCAGGAGUCUGAAGAGCGAGAUCGAUGUCCUCAAGAAGCAGAUCGCUGAGUCAGGCCAACUUGAGAAGCAGCUGGAGGACGUGUCGUUGGCCCGCAGGGACCUGGAGGACUCAUCUAAACACAUCAAGAUUCUGGAGAAACAGAUGAAGAGCAUUUCACAGGAGAGGGACGACCUGCACAAGGAUGUUAUGGAGGCCAGUGAGAAGCUAAAGUCUCAGUCGAAGGAGCUGAAAGAAGCCCACAGCCAGAGAAAACUGGCCAUGCAGGAGUUUUCUGAACUCAAUGAGAGACUCACAGACCUCAGGUCAGCAAAGCAGCGCCUGGCUCGCCAGUUGCGCGACAAGGAGGAGGAGAUUGAGAGCCAGAGUCAGAAGGUUGAGGCUCUCCGCCUUGAGGUGCGAAAGGCAGAGAGGGCCAAGAAGGAGAUGGAGGCGCAGGCGGAGGAGCAGGCAGCAGAGGCUCAGAAAGAGAGGAAGCUGAGAGAGCGUAAUGAGCAGUAUAGCCGACAGCUGGAGGAGGAGCUGGAAGGGCUUAAGCUGAAGCAGGCCGGCUCCUCUGCCACCCCGGCCUCAGCAGACCAGACCCAGGAGGUGGGACGCCUGCGGGGAGACCUGGAGAAGAAGACACUCCUGUAUGAGGAGGAGCUGGCGCGCAGGGAGGCGCAGCACACCACCGAGCUGAAGGCCCUGCGCAAGGAGCUGCGGGACGCCGAGAGCCAACACCUCACCCUGCAGAAAGAGAUCCUGAUGCUCAAAGACAAGCUGGACAAGACUCGCCGUGAGAGCCAAAGUGAGCGUGAAGAGUUUGAGGCCGAGUACAAGGAGAAGUAUGAGAGGGAGAGAGUCCUGCUUACUGAAGAAAAUAAGAAGCUAUCCAGUGAAAUGGAUAAGCUGACCAGCAUGUUUGAGAAGGUGAGCAGCUCCAACAGGCAGCUGGAGGAUGAGAUGAGGGAGCUAGCAGACAAAAAGGAGAGUGUAGCUCACUGGGAGGCCCAGAUCACAGAAAUCAUCCAAUGGGUGAGUGAUGAGAAGGAUGCUCGGGGCUACCUGCAGGCUCUGGCCACUAAGAUGACAGAAGAGCUGGAGGGACUGAGAAACACCAGCCUGGGAGCGAGAGCAACGGACAUGCCGUGGAAGAUGCGGCGCUUCGCCAAGCUGGACAUGUCGGCCCGUUUGGAACUGCAGUCGGCCCUGGACACUGAGAUCAGAGCCAAGCAGAGCAUCCAGGAUGAACUGAACAAGGUCAAGGCCAACAGCAUCGCCACAGAAUGUAAACUGCAGGAGGUGGAAAGUAAAAACCAGGACCUCCUGGCUGAGAUCGACAGGCUGAAGAAAGAGGCUGAGGAGCUGCGGCUACGAAGAGGUGUCAAGCACCAGGAUUCCCAGAAUUCCUUCUUGGCUUUUCUCAACGCCCCCACCUCAGCACUCGACCAGUUUGAUCGCUCGCCAUCCGUUGGCCCAGCUAGCAAAGGCAGACGUGUGGACUCUAUGGAUAACUUCACCCCCUCCAACACUCCAUCCCGGGAAGACGACCCUAAGUCCCACCUCAAGUCGCGCUCGCGUUCACCCUCCAUGGCCAGUGAUAUGGAGCCCAUAGAGUUGAUAGACCACCCUCCCCGUACAGUCCAGACCCCCACCAUGCGCUCAGGAGGGUACGGCAGUAUUGGACGCUCCUCACCUAAGUCCAAAGCACAUCAGUUCGUGGUGAAGUCAUUCAACACGCCCACUAAGUGCAACCGGUGCACUUCCCUCAUGGUGGGGCUCAUACGUCAAGGCUGUGCCUGUGAAGUGUGUAACUUCUCCUGCCAUGUAACCUGUGCGGACAAGGCUCCGGCUGUGUGUCCCGUACCCCAGGACCAGACCAAGGGCCCGCUGGGUAUCGACCCACAGAGGGGGAUUGGUACUGUGUAUGAAGGGCACGUUAGGGUGCCCAAACCGACAGGAGUGAAGAAAGGUUGGCAACGGGCGAUGGCUGUGGUGUGUGACUUCAAACUGUUCCUCUACGAGCUGGGAGAAGGAAAAGCCACGCAACCAAGUGUAGUAGUCAGCCAAGUCAUAGAUAUGAGGGAUGAAGAGUUUUCAGUCAGUUCUGUCCUGGCCUCUGAUGUCAUCCACGCCAGCCGCAAAGAUAUCCCCUGUAUAUUCAGAGUGACAGCGUCCCAGCUCUCCCCCUCCAGCAGCCACAAGCCCUCCAUCCUGAUCCUGGCCGACAGUGAUCAGGAGAGGAACAAAUGGGUGGGGCUCCUCAACGAGCUCCACCGCAUCCUCAAGAAGAACAAGCUCAAGGAGCGCUUCGUCUACGUCCCCAAGGAGGCUUACGACAGCACCCUGCCGCUCAUCAAGACGACACAGUCUGCUGCUAUCAUAGAUCACGAGCGUGUCGCCCUGGGCAACGAGGAAGGCCUUUUUGUCAUCCAUGUCACCAAAGAUGAAAUAAUCCGGGUGGGGGACAACAAGAAGGUGCACCACAUCGACCUGAUUCUCCAGGAGCAGCUGCUGGCGGUCAUCUCCGGCCGGAACCGUCACGUCCGUCUCUUCCCCACGCAGGCCCUGGACGGCCGCGAGACCGAGUCCUACAAGCUGGCAGAGACAAAGGGCUGCCAGACCAUCGUGUCUGGCCCCGUCCGCAACGGCUCCCUCACCUGCCUCUGCGUGGCCAUGAAGAGACAGAUCAUAUGCUAUGAGGUGAAUAAGAGUAAAGCGCGUCAUCGUCGGCUGCGAGAGCUGCAGGCCCCGGGGCCCGUCCAAUGGAUGGGUCUGCUCAGCGAGCGUCUCUAUGUGGGAUAUCAGUCUGGCUUCACCCGCUACAGCGUCCAUGGCGACGUGUCCCCUGUCAGCCUGCUGCACCACGAGGACCACACCCUGGCCUUCAUCCCCCAGCAGGGCCUGGACGCCCUCUGCGCUGUGGAGAUUUCCAGCAAGGAGCUGCUGCUGUGCUUCAGCGCCAUAGGAGUAUAUGUGGACUCCCAGGGCCGCAGGUCACGUCAGCAGGAGCUGAUGUGGCCGGCCGUUCCCAACGCUGCCUGCUACAACGCCCCCUACCUGUCAGUGUACAGUGAGAACGCUGUCGAUGUGUUUGAUGUCAACACCAUGGAGUGGAUUCAGACCAUCCCUCUCAAGAAGGUGCGACCUCUGAAUGUUGACGGCUCUCUGAACCUGCUGGGACUGGAAACAGUCCGGCUUAUCUACUUUAGAAACAAGAUGGCCGAGGGUGAUGAGCUGGUCGUCCCGGAGACAUCAGACAACAGCAGGAAGCAGAUGGUGCGCAGCAUGAACAACAAGAGACGCUUCUCCUUCAGGGUGCCUGAGGAGGAACGACUUCAGCAGAGGAGAGAGAUGCUGCGAGAUCCAGAGAUGAGGAACAAGCUGAUCUCCAACCCCACCAACUUCAACCAUGUGGCCCAUAUGGGACCAGGAGACGGGAUCCAGAUCCUUAAAGACCUGCCCAUGAACGUCCGUGUUCAGGAGAGCCGAGCGGGCUUCAGCGGUUCAGUCAGCAUCCCCUCCAUCACCAAGAACCGAGCCGAGCCGGGCCGUUCCAUGAGCGCCAGCAGCGGACUGGGCAUACGCUCGUCCUCGCAGAACGGCAGCGCCCUGCGCAGAGAGCUGUCGGGAGGAAGCUACGGAUCCAAACGGCAGACCAUGACCUCUCCCUCUGAGAGCUCCCUGUCCUCUGGUGGAGGCAUGGACUGUGGCGAUGCUCCGCUGUCACAGUUUGACAGAGAGUGGCAGGCAGUCUCACCGUCGGAGAAGACCCCCGAUCUGAAAAGGGCUUUAAGGACCCUGCUUAGUAAGAUGAAGGACUCGGACUCCCCCCGCCACUCCACAGCCUCCAACAGCUCCACCUUCAGCAGCCCUCCCAGUCCGGCCUCCCCACACAAGACCAAGUCCCUGUCCCUGGAGAGCACAGACCGGAUGGGCUGGGACACAUGAGCCUCCGCCUGCUUGUCGUCCCUCCCACCGACCGACUGACCGACCGACCGACCGACAGCACAGGACUCCAAACCCUCCUCUUCCCUCCUCCACCACAGCCUCUCGCGUCCUCUCUGAAUCCCCCCCCCCUCCCACUGCCCAGAGAACUGCACCUCCUGACGAACAUUUGUCCCACUUUACAAGCUCACUUUGUCUCUCAUCGUACUUCCAGGAUGGGGCAGAAACACUAUGAAAGAGUCUGUCGUCUCUUUGAGGGAGGAGUUAAUGGCAGUGGUUGUGUACAUGUGGGUGCUGUUUGAGGGUGCAAGUGUGUGUGUGUGUGUGUGUGUGUGUGUGUGUGUGUGUGUGUGUUUGAGAGAAGCUGUAUGCGCUCGCCAGCGUGUGUGCAUGUGUUUAUUCAGAAAGGGCAUACGAUAUAGGAAUGAAAACCACCCGUCUAGGCUCGCGUCGAGCUUCCUGACACCACUCUGUCCACGGCCCCCCCGAUUCAUUCAGAGACUCGAAAACGUCACAAUGCAACAACAAAAGAAGAGGAUUAUUAUUGAGAAAAUGAUUUGUACAUGUACAUAGGACCCUUUGGGUUUUAGGGGACGAUAUUUUAAUUUAUUUAUCAACCAGGAAGGGGGGGUUUGCUUCAUGGCCUGAAUCAGACGGGUGGAGUUUAAACCCCUCCUCAGUUCCCUCACUUGCUUUCUCUCUGGGUGCUGCAAAAAUUGAAAAUGUUUAAAAAAAAAAAAAAGAGAGCGAGAGAGAGGAAAGCAAUGAUUUAUCUUUUUUCUUUUACUCAUGAUAUUAAGUGCAGUGACUUUAUACUUUUUAAUUUUUGACCAUCAGCAAAAAGCAGCGUUAAUAAUGCCGGCUCCUCUGACAUCAUCACAGCUCCUCUGUGCUACUCCCCUCCUCAUUGGUCCAGCGCGAGUGACAUCAUCCAGUAGCCCCGGACGUGUCCUCCGUUGUAGUGUAGACGUUCCACUUUGCUGUGCAACCAAACUGACCAAGUCACAGGUUCCCAUCACAAUGAUGUACAUAGGUUCAAAGUAGAGAGUAAUAUAUGAGAAGGAAAAUACUAUAGAGAACUACACGGGAAAGAACAAAAAUCCUCCUUGGCUUUUAUUUUCCUUUUUCUUUGUUUUGAGAGUGAUUUGGGGUUGUAUUCACACAAAAAAAGCCAUUUAAACCACUUUCCAGUUUCCUUUUUUUAUGAUUGAUUUUAGAUUUGUUUGUUUUAUAUUGUAUGUAUGGCACACGUUGUGUGUUUUUUGUGUUUUUUUCCCCCACUGUGUUUGCAUUUGAGUGAAGAAAAUUCAUGUAUGGAUCAACACUACUGCCCGUACUGUAGAGUGAACACGUGCAUUUAUCACAAACCUGCUAGCACACAUAUAUCUGCACACACACUGAGGUGGUGUUUUCAUGCAGCAGAUGCCUUGUCCUGCUCCACCUCUGGCUGUCAGAGGUGGAGUGGCUCUGAUCAUUUAAUCAACAGUUAACGUGUGUGUUUAAAUUCACUGUGGUAUCUGGGUGGAAAGAUCAGUCCUUCCGCUGAGCUUGAUUUAACCAAAAAUGGACAAAAGAGGGAGGCUUUGUGAUAGGAUUUGUCUUUCUGACGGCCUUUGCAUAUUCUGAAGGUUUGAUCUGUUCAUUACAAGGCGAUGUUCGUGAGAGCUCUUGAUUAAAAAACACUAAAACCAGAUUGUAAACACUUAGAAGCUGCGAGAAAGUCAGCACUUGGGUUUCUGUUCAGAUGAAAUGACCUCAGUGCCACCUGUCUGUAUAAUGAACAGGGCUGGGUCUCGGUUUUUCUUUGGCAGGAGAAAGGCCUCUGAAAGAGUAUUUGACGGCGUGGCAGCUCCUGGCUGCAGAGCAGGGCAUUCACAGCCAAAAACCUGUUACCUCUGUUCAUCUCCUUCAGUUUGCAGACAGAAUGAAUCGCCCACAGGGCAGAUCGGGGUCAAACUGUAAGGGAACAAUGUUCCUGAAACCUGAAACUGUCCUGACAUUAAACACUAAUUUUAUCGUGGUAUUAUCUGUGAGAAUACACACCCUGCACUCUUAUAAUGGCCUGUUGCUGGUCUUUAGCUCCUCCUCGUUGGGAACAGGCUGAAUGCUUAAUGCACAGGACAGAAUCCUCCAGUUUAUUCCACUUGGGUUGUCAGAAAGUGAAACAAAAACAAGUACUUUGGUGGUCAUUCCUGUCGAUUCCCCUGUUAAAACUGAACAAAGUAGCUCUAAAAACAACUCAUUCCAGGUGUUUUUUUAGUAUUCCAUUUUAUAUGAAGAGAGAGGGAGAGGUUUGGAGCUCCACAGUGCGACUAAGCUGGUUUUAUUCCAAACAAGCGCCUCUUUGAAACUUUUUAAGCUAGUGAGUCUCCUUAGUUCCUGCUGGAGUUUAUCUGUAGAAUGUAUUAGGUGGGGGUGGGAGAACUGUCUUAGCCAGGUGUUUUAUUAUCGGCCAAUAUUGUACAGAAAAGCUGAUCCUCGAUAUCCCAGUUCAAGGAGAGGGGAAGAGAAACUCAGGAAAUGUCAGAACCAAUGAAUUCUUUUCAUUUAGAUGAAAAUGGGUGUGUUCGAGAUUUGUUCGAUGGACGGAUGGAUGGAGCGAGAGAGGGAGAGAUGACUCUGGCUGUAGUGUACAGUAGUAGACCUGGGUGGAGACAGCAGGAUGGUGCAGGUGGUGAGGACUGUAAGAUGUAAAAAAGAUGAAAUGUUUUCAGGGGUGAGGGGUGACAGGUGCUUUGACGGCCGAGGUGCCACAGUGGUGACGUAAGAGAAGGAAAACCUAAAACAAAAAAAAUUCAAACGCCUUUGCAUUUCAGUGAGGUCUUAUCUACAGUACCUUCUAUAUUAUUUUGCUCUUUCAUAUCAUAUUACACUAUGUUUUUUUUCUAGGAUUGCUUUGUAAUAAUUUGUACAGUUUUGCAUGUUAUAGAUGUAAUCAUUUUUGUUUUCGGUUUGUUGUUUUACUUGGACUUCCUCCUUUUUGAACGGUUUGGGCGUUUUACUGAGGAUAACCCACUACAGGUGAUGUAGAUUCUUUUUUGCACAAAAAAAUAUUUAAGGUGUAAGGUCAAAACAAAAAUAAUGUAUGGAACUGGCUGCCACACUUAUGUGGAGAACUCAUUAUAUUAACCUGACUCCGAUGUAUUUCAAUAAAGCGGAGGGCUGUUACA